AUGUCUACAGUGGCCCCGGAAACGACUUCCCUCGGUGCCGCCGCAAAGCAGGACCCUUCAGGUGCGAAGAAAGGAGGUCCGAAGCCUCACUCCGAAGCUUCCCAGGACGGACCUCACGAACCAGCCAAGGACCGUAAAGUACCAAAGGGAGGACCCAAAAAACCACCACGUCAACCCAGACCGGAAGAAAUCCCAUUCAAAAUACAAAUUGAUGAAAAAUCCAAAAAUAUUGCGCGGCUACAAGCAGAACUUGCAGCAAUCAACCGCCAAAUCUACGAUAACAAAGAGGGAAGCUCCGAUAAUGACGAGAGAAGCGUCAUCAAGAGCAAACUCGAUGAAAUACAGUCAAGAAUCAACUCUUUGGACCUCAAAAGAAAUGAAUAUCUUGAUGAACUAGAUACAAAACAAAAGGAUAUCCGUAAAAAGUCAAAGUCGCUAACUGAAAUGAAAAUGAGCAUUGGAUUCAAGUCCGAGGAAGAAAUCAACCACCAAAUCAGACUACUUGAAGGACUCAUGAUGACCUCAUCACUCUCUCUCAAGGAAGAGAAGCAGAUGAUGGCCCAAUUGCAACAGUUGAGGGCAUCCAAACUAUCAUUUGAACGCAUCCACCGUCUGGAGUCCCAACAAAGCAAGGACACACUUGAUGGCAUAAUCUCAUGCGUCAAGAGCAAUUUGGACAGUCUUAGAGAAGAAAUGGCUGUACUUCGCAAGGCUAAGCGCGAGGAGUCUCAGAAACUCUUUACUCUUAAUGAAAAUAAAAAGAAGACCAUGGAUAACAUGAAGGAACAUUUUGACGCCAAGGCACGCAUCAGCAAGGAGAUCCAGGAGGAAAUCCAAGCCAAGCAAAGACUGAUUAAGGAGCUCGAAGAGCUCAAUAACGAGUACUAUGCCAAGCAAAAGGCCUUGCACUUGGCAAGAGUAAAGAAGCAACAAGAGGAUCGCGAGAGAAGAAGCCUCGAAAAUGAGGUUAGGAGCCUAUCCAACCAACUUGAGAACUGCGACUUUCUUCCUCACGACAAGGAGGUUAAGCUCUUGCAACAGAUACUCGUCUUUAUUGACAAGUUGGAGGAAACCCAUGUAUCUGGUCCAGCCUCCACAGCUGCUCCUCUAGAUGCCACCAGCGCCUCAUCUGUGCCAACUGAAACAUCUCUAAAUGGAACCACUGCUACCAGGGUCAUUCCAAAGAAGGAAAGGGAUGAAUAUUUUAUUACACCAAAGGCUGGCAAGAAGGAAAGAAAGAGCAAGGACAAGAGCAAGAGCUUUAAGUUGGACAUGGUCACUCUAUCCUAUUUUGAAUCCGCUGGAGUUGAACCACCCACAUCAGUAGAUGGCAUUGCCGGAUGCAAACUCAAGGUACAAGAAAAACUAGACUUUUUCCUCAAGGAACGCGCAAAGUGCAACGUGGAUGAACUCAAGGAAAAGUUACAAGCCAGACUUGAAGCCGCCACCAAAAAGCUCGAAGAAGUCUACAAGGACAGAGCACCCAAGGGACCCGAAUAA